GUGGCUUGGUCUCGACUCACUGGCAGCCUCCACCUCCCGGGUUCAAGCGAUUCUCCUGCCUCAGACUCGCGAGUAGCUGUGAUUACAGAUGUGUACCACCAUGCCCAGCUAAUUUUUUGUAUUGUUAGUAGAGACGGGGUUUCGCCUUGUUGGCCAGGCUGGUCUUGAACUCCUGACCUCAAGUGAUCCGCCCGCCUUGGCCUCCCAAAGUGCUGGGAUCGCAGGCGUGAGCCACCACACCCGGCCUCGGGCCAAGUCUUGGGGGACGUGGGAAGUCAUGAGAGGGCAUGGACACGUUCAUUGUAUCCCCUUCCUGAUGUCGCUGCAAUUGCGGGGUAUGCACAAGGAAAUAAGGAAGAUUCACGCCGCAAAUACUGUCCUGCAAAGUGCUUUGUUUUGCUUUGAGACGGGAUCUUGCUCUGUUGCCCAGGCUGAGUGCAGUGGCGCAAUCACAGCUCACUGCAUCCUCGACCUCCUGGGCUCAAACCAUCCUCCCGCCUCAGCCUCCCGAGUAGCUGGGACUACAGGAGCGCCCCAGGAUGCCAGGCUGAUUUUUUAUUUUUUGUAGAGAUGGGGGUCUUGCUAUGUUGCCCAGGCUUGUCUCAAACUCUUGGGCUCAAACGAUCCUUCUGCCCAGCCUCCCAAAGUGCUGGAAUUGCCGAUGUGAGCCACUACGCCCAGGACGGUUUUUUGGUUCGUGUGUUUGUUUUUGCUUUUAAUGUAGUAAUAUCACAGGCAUACCGAGCACCAGCUCUGGGCCACGUCCCACGUUAGGCACCGCGGAUACAGCAGGGAACUGGAGGGAUGCAGGCACUGUCUCCAGAGAAUUCAUAGAGCAGUGGGAAAGACUGUGGAAUCAGGCAGAGCUGGGGGGUGUCAAGGCAGGCUUCCAGGAGGCAGUGGCUGGAAACAAAGACGUGAAGGGUGGCCGGGCACGGUGGCUCAUGCCUGUAAUCCCAGCACUUUGGGAGGCUGAGGCGGGCAGAUCACCUGAGGUCAGGAGUUUGAGACCAGCCUGGCCAACAUGGUGAAACACCAUCUCUACUAAAAAUACAAAAAUUAAGGCCAGGCACGGUGUCUCACGCCUAUAAUCCCAGCACUUUGGGAGGCUGAGGCAGGCAGAUCACCAGGUCAGGGGGUUGAGACCAUCCUGGCCAAUAUGGUGAAACCCUGCCUCUACUAAAAAUACAAAAAUUAGCCAGGGGCGUGGUGGUGCGCACCUGUAGUCCCAGCUACUCAGGAGGCUGAGGCAGGAGAAUCGCUUGAACCCAGGAGGCGCAGGUUAUAGUGAGCUGAGAUCACACCACUGCACUCCAGCCUGGGCGACAGAGGAAGACUCCAUCUCAAAAAAAAAAUACAAAAAUUAGGCCAGGCACGGUGGUUUAUGCCUGGUAAUCCCAGCACUUUGGGAGGCCAAGGCCGGUGGAUCACCUGAGGUCAGGAGUUCGAGACCAGCCUGGCCAACAUGGUGAAACCCUGUCUCUACUAAAAAUACAAAAAUUAGCCAGGUGAGGUGGUGUGUACCUGUAAUCCCAGCUGUCUGGGAGGCUGAGGCAGGAGAAUUGGCUGGAACCCGGGAGGCAGAGGUUGCAGUGAGCCAAGGUCAGGCCACCACACGCCAGCCUGGGUGACAGAGCGAGACUGUCUGAAAAAAAAAAAAAAAAAAAAAAAAAAAAAAAAAAAAGAUGUGAAGGGGCAUGAGUAGGGGUUGACCAAAGAGAGGUGGCAGAGCCAAAGCUUCUAAGCAGAGGAGGGACACAGUCAGGUUUGGUUGGUCAAAAGUGGGCAAGUGGAGUCUGCUGAGUGGGCGACAAGCUUGAGACAGAGACCUCUAAGCAGCCUGGAUUUGAGAGAAAGUUGGGAGAUGGUAUAAUCACUCCAGUGUCCUCACUCCAGGGUAGUCCUUCCGCCCCAGCUGAACCUGCAGUUCAUUGGUCCAUCCACCUCCCUCCCACUGCCUCACAUACCUUGCUUUGCCCAAGAUCAGCUUUGCAAACGCUAGCAACCUGCUGCCCUUCUGUCUUGCUUACUCUGGAUAAACUCACCUCUUUCCCUUCCUUGGUGUCUAUCCCCGUGCAACUGAACGUGAUGGGGUGGGGGAGAUAAGAAAAAAACAGCUCUAAGCCAGGCAAAAUGGCUCAUGCCUGUAAUGCCAACGGUUUGGGAGGCCAAGGCAGGAGGAUUGCUCGAGGCCAGAAGUUCAAGAACAGCCUGGGCAACGUAGCAAGGCCCUGUCUCUACAAUUUUUUAUUUUUAUUUUUUUAAUUAGCUGGGUGUGGUGACGCAUUCCUGCAAUCCCUGCUGACUGGUCUCCCGAUUGGUACUCCGGUGGACUCUAUAUGCUGCCUGGCCUUUCUCUUACCUCCCGGAUCCUUCACUCUCUCCCUCCCUCCUUGAUCACUGUCCCCUGCCCUCUCUUUCCUCCUUUCCACCCCUUUCAGCCAGUCACUUUGCUCACUGCAACAUCUGCCUUCCUGGUUCAAGCGAUUCUCCCGCCUCAGCCUCCAGAGUAGCUGGGAUUACAGGUGCGCGCCACCACACCAAGCUCAUUUUUGUAUUUUUAGUAGAGACAGGGUUUUACCAUGUUGGCCAGGCUGAUCUCGAACUCCUGACCUCAAGUGAUCCACCCGUCUCGGCCUCCCAAAGUGCUGGGAUUAUAGGCGUGAGCCACCGCGCCCGGCCCAUAUUUAUUUAUUUGUUUAUAGAGAUGGGCUCUCGCUCUGUUGCUUAGGCUGGAGUGCAGUGGGGUGGUUAUCACCCACUGCAGCCUCAAACUCCUGGGUUCAAGCGAUCCUCCCGAGUAGCUCUGGCUACUCGGUGUGCACUACCAUGCAAAGAUAAUUUUAUUAUUUUUUCUAGACAUGGGAUCUUUCUGUGCUCCCCAGGCUGGUCUCCCUAGUACUUAAGCACUGCCAGACACGCUGUGGUGCUCUGUCUUCUGUCUGUUCUGUGUCUCCCUCCGAGGGCAGAGACACUUGUGUGUUCUGUUCCCUGCUGUAUCCCCACCACUAAGCACACAGUAGGCAGUCUAAUGUCCUUGCCACUAGCUGAUUAUAAGUUCGAGACAAAAGAGGGAGGAGUCUAGCAUUGCCACCUGGAGCUCCAAGUGCAGAUAGGGAACGGCCAGGGGCUGCAGGUGAUACCCAGGCCUGGGGCUCAAGCGAGGUGUGGGAUGGAGGGACCACAUCAGGCUCAUCUACAUACGGGGCGGCAGCAGAGAAAAAGGCUUUCAGGCCAGGCACAGUGGCUCACACCUGUAAUCCCAGCACUUUGGGAGGCCAAGGUGGGUGGAUCACCUGAGGUCAGGAGUUCGAGACCAGCCUGACUAACAUGGCGAAACCCGGUCUCUACUAAAAAUACAAAAAUUAGCCGGGCAUGGUGGCAGGUGCCUGUGGUUCCAGCUACUCAGGAAGCUGAGGCAGAAGAAUCGCUUGAACCUGGGAGACAGAGGUUGCGGUGAGCUGAGAUCUUGCCACUGCCCUCCAGCCUGGGUGACAGAGUGAGACUCCAUCUCAAAAGAAAAGAAAAAGGCUCUCAGAACAAAGCAUAAGCUCGUGUCCUCGGUCUCUUGCCUCAGCGCCUGGGUGGCUUGCCGCCCACAGCCGCCGGCCAGUGCAGAGCUGGGACUCAGGCGGGUUGCAGACAAGAAAGGCUGGGCGUGCUGCCUGGAGCUCCAGGUGCAGGUGGAGGGGCUGAGGGGUGCUCUGGGAGAAGGUGGAUUCCGAGCUCGGACUCUGGAGAGCGGGGCUGUAGAGAGUUGGGGACGGGCAUCCCUGUGGGAGGGGAGGCAGGGAUCAAGCAUGGGAUGUUGAGGUGCCUCAGGGUGAGGGGGAGCCACCUUCUCCUGUCUGGGCCUUGGUGUCUGGAGUUGCCUUUGUGCAAAUUAGAAAAGGAGGCCCCUUCAGGACAGUGCAUCUGUCAAAGGCAUCUGCCAUCCACUGCCAUCUGCCACCUGGAUGUGUAUGGCGGACACGCCGAGCCGUGGCUUCCUGAUGCCGUGUGCCUUGGUCCCCUGGGGAUCCCCGGAAUUGGGUUGGGGGGCCUCCAGCCUGGUUGAGCCCCGCCCACUCCCUGCAGAGAUGGUGGCCACGCAGCAGGAGAUGAUGGACGCGCAGCUGAGGCUCCAGCUGCGGGACUACUGCGCCCACUACCUCAUCCGGCUGCUCAAGUGCAAGCGCGACAGCUUCCCCAACAUCCUGGCCUGCAAGCAGGAGCGGCACGACUGGGACUACUGCGAGCACCGCGACUAUGUGAUGCGCAUGAAGGAGUUUGAGCGGGAGCGGAGGCUGCUUCAGCGGAAGAAGCGGCGGGAGAAGAAGGCGGCAGAGUUGGCCAAAGGCCAGGGACCCGGGGAAGUGGACCCCAAGGUGGCCCUGUAGGGGGUGCACCCCCCACCCUAUGGACCAGUCAAAUAAAAGCCUUCAGGCCCCUCAA